UCCUCUACUCCCUCCCCCUCCACCCGCCCCUCCCUCCCUCAUUCCCUUCCCUCCCUCCCUCCCUCCUCUCUCGGCUAGGUCUGUGCGCUGGGGCGCCCGAGCCCCUCGGCAGCCGGGACGCGCGGAACUCGCGCCAGGAGUCGGCUCUCCCGAGCCUCCUCCCUUCCCCUUCCCUGCCCCCUUCCCCCACCUCUGACUCGGGCUCGGAGCGGCGGCCAGAGGAACCCCGAGUGCCUAUGAGACAGAUGCCCUGCCAGGCUGCCAGUAGCAUGUUUAGAUGUUGGGAAUCAAUGCAGCAGCCUCCAGAACUCCGGCUACUCUGCGUGCGACAGGCAUGAUGAUUCUCCUACCCAAGCCUCUGAGCUGGAGGGAUGGAGAACUCCUCGGCAGCGUCGGCCUCCUCCGAGGCUGGGAGCAGCCGCUCCCAGGAGAUUGAGGAGCUCGAACGCUUCAUCGAUAGCUACGUGCUCGAGUACCAGGUGCAGGGGCUGCUGGCGGACAAGACAGAGGGCGAUGGUGAGAGCGAGAAGACGCAUUCGCACAUCUCCCAGGAGGAAGCGCUCAAUGGUGGACCACCUAUGAAAGGCUUAACAGAAGAAUGGACAGCGGACUGCAGCGAGCAGCUGGACAGCAGCUGUUCCCUGUCCCGAGGACGAGCACCCCCACAGCAGAAUGGCAGCAAAGAUAACUCUCUGGACAUGCUGGGCACAGACAUCUGGGCUGCCAACACCUUUGAUUCCUUCAGUGGUGCCACCUGGGACCUGCAGCCCGAAAAGCUGGACUUCACCCAGUUCCACCGCAAGCUCCGACACACGCCCAAGCAGCCCCUGCCACACAUCGACCGUGAAGGGUGUGGGAAAGGGAAGCUGGAAGAUGGGGAUGGGAUCAACCUGAAUGACAUCGAGAAGGUUCUCCCAACCUGGCAGGGCUACCACCCGAUGCCCCACGAGGUGGAGAUUGCUCACACGAAGAAGUUGUUCCGGCGGAGGAGAAAUGACCGAAGACGGCAGCAGAGACCUCCAGGAGGAAACAAGCCCCAACAGCACAGUGACCACCAGCCAGGCAGUGCCAAACACAACAGGGACCACCAGAAAUCCUACCAAGGGGGCUCGGUGCCCCAUCCCUCGGGGAGGCCCACCCAUCACGGCUACAGCCAGAACCGGCGCUGGCACCAUAGCAACAUGAAGCACCCACCCAGCGACAAGGGGGAGGCAGGCGCCCACCGCAAUGCCAAAGACACCAUGACCAUGGAGAGCCCCAAACUUGAGGACACCCUGGGGGACACCGGGCACAGCAGCCUCGAGUCCCCCUGCAUCCCUGAUGGCCUGGCCCCAGUGGUUUCCGAGAGGCUGCCCCCACAGCAGCCAGGGGUCCCAGAGGCCGAGACAAAGCGUAAAGACAGUAUUAUUCCCGAACGCAUGGGGGAGCGGCCCAAAAUUACCCUACUCCAGUCUUCCAAAGACAGGCUGCGGCGGAGGCUGAAAGAAAAGGUACCGGAUGACGUGACAGUGGAGACCACCAACCCUCAGCAGAACAAGAUGGACAAGCUGAUCGAGAUCCUGAACAGCAUGCGGAACAACAGCAGCGACGUGGACGCCAAGCUCACCACCUUCAUGGAGGAGGCCCAGAACUCCACCAACUCCGAGGAGAUGCUGGGCGAGAUCGUGCGGACCAUCUACCAGAAGGCCGUGUCGGACCGCAGCUUUGCCUUCACCGCCGCCAAGCUCUGCGACAAGAUGGCGCUCUUCAUGGUGGAGGGGACCAAGUUCCGGAGCCUGCUCCUCAACAUGCUUCAGAAGGACUUCACGGUGCGGGAGGAGCUGCAGCAGCAGGACGUGGAGCGCUGGCUGGGCUUCAUCACCUUCCUGUGCGAGGUGUUCGGCACCAUGCGCAGCAGCACAGGCGAGCCCUUCCGCGUGCUCGUCUGCCCCAUCUACACCUGCCUCAGGGAGCUCUUGCAAUCUCAGGAUGUAAAGGAAGACGCCGUCCUGUGCUGCUCGAUGGAGCUGCAGAGCACAGGCCGGCUCCUGGAGGAGCAGCUGCCCGAGAUGAUGACUGAGCUCCUGGCCAGCGCCCGAGACAAGAUGCUGUGCCCCUCGGAGUCCAUGCUGACCCGGUCACUGCUCCUGGAGGUCAUCGAGCUCCAUGCCAACAGCUGGAACCCUCUGACGCCCCCCAUCACACAGUACUACAACAGAACCAUCCAGAAACUGACAGCCUGACAGCCAGGGGGCCUGGCGGGCGGCCCGAGGGCAGCUGGGGCCCUGGUGCACAGGGCCAGAUGGACAGGCGGGAGGACAGGGGUGGCCCUGGCGGGAGAAAGAAAUGGGGAGGAAGGCAGGCAGAGCCGGCGGCCAGUCUGGAGCCAGGCGGGGAAGGGAUCAAAUCCCUAGGAGCGCCCCCCAACCCCCAGCCAAGCCCCCUCAGCCCCAGCAUGCGGCAGCUUCACCAGCAAGGGAAGCAUGUUUCUUUUUCAUGGUGGCCUGGCCUUCGCCCCUCCUCACCCUACACUCCUCCCGCCCCCUCCCAUCAAACGCGUCCCCCGCAGGGCUUUGUGCAAGGGGGUUUCAUCUCUGUGACUCCUCCACUGAGGCUGGGCAGCCCCGCAUGCCGGGGUACCGCUUUGGUCAGAAAGGACCUCAGAAGGCUGAAAAUGUGGGUCGGAGACGGGCUUGCAUUGUUCCCGCAUGCUGUCAGCCACAGUCGCCAACUGGCAGCAGGCGACAUGUAGCAGAUGUCCUGGAGGACAAAGGCAGGCACCGUCCCCACCAGCCGCCCGUAAUUGACGGCCUUUGUCUGCACGGUCGGUCAAACCUGGGGACAGAGGCCUUCGUUCUCCUCAAACCUUCAUGCUCCCCGCCCCCCGCAGCCCCCAACCUCCAAGUCCUCCUCCAGGACCCCCAAGCCUCAGGCCCCAGGGGCUGGGAACAGGCAGGGGAGCUGGAGUUUGCAGGUCUUCUUGCACUCUUUUGUUUUAUUGUGUUUUAUUUUUCAAAAGUCAGCUGCUUUGAAGUCUCCCCUCUCAAUGAAAAGAGCCAGCGAUGUGGUCACACAGACAGCACCGAGGGCCCCUUGAUUAGUGGGAGAUCAAACCCGGCCCCCUCUGGAAGGAUUCUAGCCACAGACAGCUUGCCAGUAGCCAAUUAGGGUAAUUGGAAACUUCUGCCCUGCAGGGGUCCUGGCUGGAACCUGUGCACCUUAGCCCCUGGCUUCUCCUGUCUCUGAUUCUAACUCCCUCAAAGGGCUGAUACCAUCGCUUCUGGGUCCAGGCCUGAAGCCUUGUGAUGAACCAGGCACAGAACAGGCUGGCAAACUAUAACCAAAACCGAGGGGAUGUUUCCCGCUCCGCACACAGGUCUUGUCCCAAACUCUGAGUGGGGGGGUGGGGGGCUGCCUGGCUCCCCAGGACUUGCAGUUUAGCUAGGUGGGCUGUGUCACUGCCCUAGCCUCGUCCCAGGCAGGAUCCCGGCACCCAGCCCUCCCGCAACGAGGACCGUGUGCUCCCGGCAGGCUCUGGGCACUGCAGCCCCAGGGCUGGUGGGGAUGGGAGCAAUCAUUCAUUGAGUCAUAAGGAUAGUCAGGUGACCAGGCAGGGCUGCCAGACGGAGCUUUCCCGACUGGGAACAAGGUUGGGGCUUCUUGGAAGAGCCAGGUCCUGGGGACCUUCUCUGUUGGAGGAGGAUGGGGGUCGGGCUCUGGGAGGUUGUCACUGGCAUCUGCACAGCCCCAUUUCCAGGGGACUGGAGCUCACACUUUAAUGAGCCCCCAGAAAAUGACCUCAGCCCAGCAGCUUUCUUAUUUACUCCUUUACUGAGGCCAGUCACUCCUGGGUCACUAGAAGCUGUCUGGCUACCUGGUCUAAUCAGGCUGGCCAGGAGGUGAGGGCUGGAGGAAGUGUUCCCUUGUUGACCCCGAGUCUGGGAGAGCAUGCAUGGUCGUGGGGGGGGGGAGCAGGUUCCCCAAAACUCCCUAGCUUUCCCACCAGCAACAGCUUGCCUUCUCCCUUCUUCCCGAGUUUUCUCAAGCUUCUCCUCACCGUCUUUCUUCCUCAGCAGGCACCUUUCGGCCAGGGACACCAGAGGCCCCACAGCAGGCCUUGAGGGGAGAGCGAGGCUGAUGUUAGGAUGCUUGGGGCGGGCACUGGGGAAAUCAUGGCCUCCAGGAGUCAGGCAGCCCCAGCCAGACAAGCAGCCGCUCCCUGGCGGCAGGCCUCAGAAAGACGCACCUGUGCUGAAGUGGGCCUUGCUUGCCUCAAGUGGGAGGUGCGUGUGUGUGUGUGUGUGUGUGUGUGUGUGUGUGUGUGUGUCUGUCUGUCUGUCUGUCUGUCUGUCUGUCUGUCUGCUGAGAACAAAACAGGGCCCCAGAGGAAGGGAGAGGCCUCGGAGUGGGGUCUCCCACCCCUACCCUGAGUCAGAGAGCCAGCUCUAAGCAGGGGCCCCAGACACUGUGCGUGUAGGGGCCCCAGACACUGUGCGAGCAGGGGCAGGUGUUCCUGGGACAGCCAAGACAGGUAGCAGCGUGGGCAGCGUGGGCCUCAUGCCUCUUCCUCCUGGUGGCCCUCCUUGGAGGUCUUGCCUCAGGGCCAACCCCUCCUUGACUGUUAGGACCAGAGUGUGAAGAAGUGAGAUAUAAAUAUGUAUACAUAUAUAAAUAUAUUUUUAAUUACGUGUCAUGUCACGGUGGCUCCAGACAUAUGGUUUGCCUAGUUUAUUCCAUUGCUUGAAAGCACUUCCUGACCAAUCCGAGAAAAACAAUUUAAGCUGUUUUUCUAAAUGCAGGUUGCUGCAAGGAAAACCUUUAAAAAAGAAUUGUGUUGGGGUUUUUUUUGGUUGUUUUUUUUUUAAGGAAA